GUCACCGCCUCAACUUCCUCCAGAAGGCGGAAGCCAAAUGGACGACGCUCGCUAAUCUCGGAGGUCAGGACAAGACAGAAGGACGUCUUUUGGGAAUUUGUGGGCCAUGGGAUUCAUUCCGGACGAGGGCAAGGGGCUCCCUCCGCCCGACCUCGUAAACCCAAACUCAAUGUGGCUAGCCGGCGUGGGCUGGUGCACCGCCAUGCUCCAGAACGCCAUCAACCACAGGCCGCCGCUAAAGUCAGGAGCUCAUCGACAGGCCCUGAUGGCGACGAUCGGCUGGUUCAUCGGCUACCACCUGACUAAAUAUGAAAAUUACGUGCACGCCAAACUGGACCGAGACAUGAACGAGUACAUGAAACUGCACCCGGAAGAUUUCGCACCCAAGGAAAAGAGGACCUUUGCUGAGAUUGUGGAGCCUUUCAUUCCUGUGCGCUGAGCUGUCACGUCACAUUCAUUGUGCCCAGUAUUCCCCUGUAUAAUUGCUUAAAAAUAAAUACAACAUAAUCCAAUA